ACUUUCGUUUGUCAAGUCCGUAUCGGUAGAGAAUUUUCAAAGACACGUCUGUACGCAAAAACCACCAGGGACCUGGGUCAGUAAAAAGGAGUACUACCUUGGUGGCUCUGCGACAAGACAUUGAUUUAUUGAUCGAACCCACACACCUACCUACGCAAUACUGUACAGAGUACUGCGUGUACGGAGUACGAGUACAGGGUCGAAUAUCUCCCUACCCCAGAGCCCCCAAAGACAACAAACCCAGUGACAGGCUUGCUUGCGUUAUCCUUGGGAUAGGAUAAUUCGUAUUGGGAGGACUGAUCAAUCCCCGGACUGGAGAAGGAGGAGGGGAUUGUCGGUUCUUUCUUUGGGAGGUCUAGUUACCAAUUUUUUUCUCUUUUUUUUUCCAGUCAAAACAACCAUGCAACGAUUAACAAAGAUCGCCCUGACUUUAACGUCCCUCGGGUUCAUCAUCUUGUCACUGGCUUUUCUAGAAGUCAAGGCUCCCGAAUACUCGAUCCGAAACUCUUCCCAUUCCAUAUCCGACUUUGUAUCAAACACUUUGAGUCAAGUUUCUGGUAAACAACAAUCACAUCUCCACACGUCGGCAUCAUCAAUAACGUCAGACGACACGAGUGGUACGGGCAAGAGAUAUGCCUAUGCCACGUUUUACUCCUCCCCGGCCAACGACACUCGACCACUCGACGAGGACAAGUACUUCACGGCGACCCGGGUGUUGUUGUACCAACUCCUCCACCACCCGACAACAAAAUCAAACAACAGUUACCCUCUGCUCGUACUCGUACCGAAACAUGUCGACAGGAACAAAACGGACAUUCUCGAGCGCGAGGGAGCCACGGUGGUUCACGUCGACGUGCUCAACCCCGACGACUCGACGUGGGUGCGUCCGGCACGAGCCAGCUGGGCCGAACAAUUCACCAAACUCAGACUGUUCAACAUGACAGAGUUCGACCGGAUCGCCUUCGUCGACUCGGACAUGCUCCUGGUGACGAGUCUCGACGGCAUGUUUGAAGAAGGUGUGGUGCAGACGCCGGCUCUGUCUGCCCUCGCCCAGCGGGAAAACGACGACGACGACGACCGAAUCAAACCCGACGAAGCCUCCUUACCCGCCGAGUAUGUGUUUGUGGGCGUCUCGGACGCAGGGGGACCUCACCGCCACAGCGUGCCCGAGGAGCACGACAACGUCAACGGUGGGUUCUGGGUCAUGAGGCCCGACCCCGUCUUGUACCGGUACUACCUCAGCGUCAUGAACGUACCCGGUCGGUUCGACGACUCGACCAUGGAGCAGGGGCUGCUGAACUACGCCCACCGGGCCGACGGGCCCAUGCCCUACCGACACUUCAAGACGGGCAAGUGGAACAUGAACUGGCCGAGUUACGGGGACGUCGAGCGUGGCGCCGCCAGCGUCCACGACAAGUUCUGGGACGAGGGCAACGCCGGCUGGAUCGACAGGCAGCUCGUCGAGAUGUGGUGGCGCAUGCAAGGGGAGAUGGAAGGGUUCUGGUUCAGGGCGCAACGGGAUGGCCUGUACUGA